AUGUGCACCACAGGCUUCAUCUACUACCGCGAGUGCAAGCACCUCAGCGCCCCGACGCACAUCCCUUGCCGCGCGAUGGGCCGCUGUAACGGCGCCCGCCGGAACGGCAUGGACUUCGCCAACCUACCGCCGUCGGAGCGCUUCGUCGAGGUUUGUGGGAGCUGCUACGCGUGUCAUUUCGUGCGCAAGGCUGAUGGGUCGUACGCGUAUGUCGAUUGGUAG